AAAUAUAUGCGCAGGGACAGCUACACGUGUUGUUUUCAGCAGUGUACUGGUUGUGGCAUAUCCGUGACAGAGACCAGUGAAAAACCGCUGUAAAGAAGAUGGGGAAAAAACUAAAAGUUGGAAAGACCAGAAAGGAUAAAUUUUACCACCUUGCCAAAGAAACAGGUUAUCGCUCUCGCUCCUCAUUUAAACUGAUUCAGCUUAACCGUAAAUUCCAGUUUCUACAGAAAGCCAGAGCUGUGGUCGAUCUAUGCGCAGCUCCUGGUGGAUGGUUGCAGGUGGCUUCCAAAUUUAUGCCAGUUUCAAGUCUUAUCAUUGGUGUUGACUUGGUUCCCAUUAGGCCAAUCCCCAAUGUGGUGACGCUACAAGAAGAUAUCACCACUGAGAAGUGCAGACAGGCUCUUCGAAAGGAGCUUCAAACUUGGAAAGUGGAUGUUGUAUUAAAUGACGGAGCCCCAAAUGUGGGAGCCAAUUGGCAGCAUGAUGCCUUUUCCCAGGCUCACCUGACCCUCAUGGCUCUGAAGUUGGCCUGUGAGUUUCUGACCAAAGGUGGUACUUUUGUCACCAAGGUCUUCCGCUCUAAAGACUACCAGCCACUACUCUGGAUCUUCCAGCAAUUCUUUAAGAAGGUGCAGGCCACCAAACCUCAGGCAUCAAGAAAUGAAUCAGCUGAGAUCUUUGUCGUCUGUCAGGGUUUUGUUGCACCGGACAAAAUCGACACCAAGUUCUUUGAUCCCAAACAUGCGUUUAAAGAGGUUGAUGUGCAGGCCAAAACUGUGAAGGAGCUCAUUCCUGACAAGAAGCCAAAGGCAGAGGGAUAUGAAGAUGGUGAUAUGACGCUUUACCACAGUUUCACGGUGACAGAUUUUCUGAAAGCAGACAACCCUGUGGACUUUCUAGGAAAAGCCAGUGCGAUCUCCUUUGACAAUCCAGACCUGGAGUCUCACUCAAUCACUAGUAAUGAAAUAAAGGAGUGCUGCCGGGACAUCAAAGUCCUGGGCCGCAAAGAACUUCGGCUGUUGCUAAACUGGAGGACCAAGCUGAGACGAUACCUGGCAAAGAAACUAAAAGCGGAGGCCAAACAGCUCGAUCAGGAGAUCAGUUUAAGUUCUGACGAAGAAGGGAGCAAUUCAGAGGAUGAAUCAGACAAGAAGAAGGAGGCAGAGGAGGAUGAUAAAGAAGAGGAGGAAGAAAUUGAGAAUAAACUGGCAGAGCUGAAAGCUGAAGAGGUGGCAGAACUUCGACGCAAGAAGAGGAAGCUGUUGAAGGAGAGGAGGAAGCAGAGAGAGAGAGUGGAGCUGAAGAUGGACUUGCCAGGCGUCUCCAUUGCCAGCACCACCGACACAUCCUUGUUUUCCCUUUCCACCAUCAAGAAGCAAAAGGCGCUGGCUGAUAUCUCUAAGGGAGACAUGAAUGCAGCAGACAAUUUGGUAGAUGGAGAAGAUGACCUUCACCUCUCUGAUGAGGAGGAUGAUGAUGAAGCGGAUAAAAUGUCCUUGGCAUCUGAUCUAGAUGAAGAGGAUUUUGAAGAAGUGGAGCGGAGACAGAAAGAACUGGAAAAAAAAGCACCAAAGAAGAAAGUAAAGUUUGCAGAGGAGGAGGAGGAUGAUAAAGAGGAAAAGAGUGGCUUGUUGGUGGAACUGGAGGGAAAGGAUGAGAAGAAAGAGCGAGAAACCAACCUGUGGUUCAGCAAGGGCAUCUUCUCUGAGAUCGACCUGGAAGGAGAUGCAGAAAGUGAGCUCAGACAGACCGAGUGGCUCCAGAGUAAACACUCAGCAAAAGGCAAAAAAAAUCAAGCUGAGGCAGGGCAUCUCGAUCGAAAAGAGGAAGAAGAGAAGGAGGAGGAAGUUGCUCUGCCAGAUGAGGAAAAGGCAGGACCAUCACACACGGCUGCAGAGGAAAGCGACAGCGACUCAGAUGACAGCAGUGAUGAUGAAAAAGAAAUAUCCAGAAUGAAGCGGGCCAGAGGGGCUGGUGAGAAAUCUGGUGAGGCCGAUGAUGAUGAAUUCCAGGUUGUUCCUGUUGAAAGUACCAGUAAGAAAGCUAGGAUCCUGAAUGCAGAAGGCCUGGCAAUGGGCUGUCAGAUCGCUACAUCUAAGAAGAGAGAAAGGGACCUGGUGGACAGUUCCUUCCACAGGUUUGCCAGCUCUGAUGAGCCAUGGGAUGUUCCCGAGUGGUUCCUGGAUGAUGAACGUAAACACAGAAAGAAGCCAUUGCCAGUCACCAAGGAGAUGGUGGAGGAGUACAAACAAAAAUGGAAAGAGAUCAAUGCUCGGCCUAUCAAACGUGUUGCUGAGGCUAAGGCCAGGAAGAAGAGGAAGAUGUUAAAAAAGAUGGAGCAAGCCAAGAAGAAAGCUGAGGCUGUUGUUAACACCGUGGACAUCUCAGAGCGGGAGAAGAUGUCACAGCUGAAGAGCAUCUACAAGAAAGCGGGCUUGGGGAAGGAAAAGAGAGAAAUAACGUAUGUAGUAGCCAAGAAAGGAGCAGGCAAGAAAGUGAGACGGCCUCCUGGUGUCAAAGGAGUCUUCAAAGUGGUUGACAGCCGCAUGAAGAAAGACAUGCGGGGAACGCAGAGGAAAGACCAACAGGGUAAAGGGUCCAAAGGAGGUAAAGGAAAAGGAAGACAGCCAAAGGGUGGAAAAGGAGGAGUUAAAGGUGGUAAAGGGCGUAAAGGAAAAUGAAUAUUUUCAUCCAGAACACUCACAUGUCCUGCCUUUCUGUCUUAACAUAAAUAUCUCUGGCAUCAUGUUGCCUGUGAUCGUUUAUGUGACAUAGUGAGCUAAGAUGCUCCCGUCUUGGACAAAAUUAACUUUGGUCACUGACAUUGAUGCUGUAUUUUUACUAAGUUUGACUGAAGUUUAAACUCUGGACGUGGUUGCCUUCAUCUUCUCACACUGAAAGGUCUCCAUGCAAGACCUGAACAGAUUCAAGUUCAAGUAUGCGAAAAAAAAAUGUGUUCAGAAAAUGUUGUAAAUAUUUGAAAUAAAUCUUUUGUUCAUA